GGAGCCACACCUUCAAGUUCUUGGAGAUUUGGGAGCAUUUACUUCCGGGGCGACUCUGUGCACCCAGGGCGGAAGCAGCGUGAGCCGCGCGCCCUGGGCGUGAUGGAGCAGCAGCAGCAACUAAGAAACUUGCGAGACUUCCUGUUGGUCUACAAUCGGAUGACAGAGCUGUGCUUCCAGCGCUGUGUGCCCAGCCUGCACCACCGAGCUCUGGACGCUGAGGAGGAGGCCUGUCUGCACAGCUGUGCUGGGAAGCUCAUCCAUUCUAACCACCGCCUCAUGGCCGCUUACGUGCACCUCAUGCCCGCCCUUGUCCAGCGCCGCAUCGCGGACUACGAGGCUGCCUCGGCCGUGCCAGGUGUUCCUGCAGAACAGCCCGGAGACUCGCCGUCAGGCAGCUAGCCAUCCGCUGCCCCAGCAGAGAAGGUGCUUGGAUGGGCUCCUCUAUGAACCUUGGGCUUGUCGAAAUUUGUACAGAGAGAUUGAACCUGGAAGCUGGACACUAUUGCUCCGUUGCAUGGAGCCAAUAAACCGGGCUUUUACUAUGGUUGGUUUUCUGGGCAGGAACUUUUGUCCAUUUGAUUGGUACCAUCCUUUAUUCUGUUUUUAGUGCUUAUCUACUGCUCUCAGCCCUGGCAGUUGAGAAAUUGCCUUCCGUAUGUAGAAGGACAAACUGAGCAUUCCCAGAUCCCCAGCAAAAGCAUAGGGAGUUUUAAGGUUGGUCAUAGCAAGGGGAAAUUGGUUCCAAAAGGAGAACACUCAGUGCCUGUCCUUGAGUCUAAUUCAAAUGCCUGAAUAUAUAUUGGCUCAUAACUAGUUUUUAUUUGAGUUGUCAUACAAAAAGAAUUGUGCUGGAUCUAGGGGAAGAAAACAGUACCACAAGAGGCUAUAGCCACCACUUCUUAGGAGAUCAGUGAAAAACAGAACAAAGACAAGCCUGUAAGAAUUCAGGGAUAUUGUCUAGAAUUUCAGUCAUUUCCCCAGUUUACCAUCUUAAUAUUUCAUGUCUGUGUGAAAUCAACAAUAAAGACUUUAACUAAGAA